GACCCCAAGACCGCAUCAAGGCGGCCCAAGAGGCCCCCAAGAGGACUCUCAAGAGGUCCGCAGUCAUUUGCGCUCAAGUGAGGCAUCUUUGCUGAGCACAUCGCUGUCAAAGCACAUUUGCAUCAAACAGACAUCCAGAUUCAUACUUGGAUUCAGUACCUUCAGAAAUGACCCUCACGGGCUUUGCCACGUUGCUCAUCACGGUCGUGGUGUUCAUGGGGGGCAUUCGCACCGCAACCGGUUUGCUGGCGGGUCUGCCUACGACGGACAGCCCGACUCCGUACCCGACUCCGUACCCGACUGGAACAUCCGAAGACGAUUGCAUGGACGAAGAUGGGUCUUUGGUCAACGAGGCUGGCCGUAACUGCAUGGAGUUCAAGGGUCUUGGACGACGACGACAUGGACUUUUCUGCGCAAGUAAUGUGUUGUGCUUUCGGAGGUGGUAUUCGCAAUCAUAUAAACAGCCACGGCGAUGAAGUAAUGCAAAGGUCCAGUGACGCCACGCAAGCAUAUGCGUCGACCGUUGGUGCCUGUCGCGGAGGGGCAAGCCCAUCAGGCAAUGCAGGCUUAGUAUACUACAGCCACCGGAACUGCGAAGCGCUAUGCGAUGCGGACUCAGGAUGCCCAGGAUAUGUUCUCCCAGCUUCUGAGUCUAAUUAUAAUUGGUGUGAGACACACACGUCGGUCGGUGCGACAGGCGAUGGCCGAACAUUGUAUAUGUGUUACAUGAAGGGGGCCGCGGGGCCCAGCCUGACGCCUUAUUACCCGACGCCUUACCCGAUUCCGUACCCGACUCCGUACCCGGCUCUGUUCCCGACUCCGUCCCCGACUCCUAACCCGACUCCAGAGGCCGGUGCGGCCGGUGGGGCGGCGCAGGCGACUGGGGACCCUCGCCUCGCCAACGUGUUUGGGCAGCGGUUCGACAUCCACAAGGAGGGAUGGCACACGCUGGUGCGGGUUCCCCGGAGAGCCAAGAGCGGGGCCGCCUUGCUGAGCGUCGAUGCGGAGGCGCGGCAGAUGGGCGUGGCGUGCACUGACAUGUACUUCGUGUCGGUGAACCUGACGGACAGAUGGGUCGGCUCCCAGGGCCGCGCUUUCUGCGCCGGCUAUGUUGCUGAGAAGGAGUCCCGGCGUUGGCUGCGAUACGGCCAGGUGGAGUUGAAGGUGGUGCAGGGCCGCACUAAGAAUGGCAUCGUCUAUCUGAACCUUUUCGUCCGCAAUCUGAAAUUCUUUACGCUUCGCGUAUCCCCACCAGCCCAUCUCAAAACAGCAACUCUUGCGAAGCAUGCCGACAGUCGUGAUUUUCAGGCGUGUUUCCGCCUGCCCCCGCAUAUCUCCCCUGUUCCUCCUUCCUCCCGC